CAAAGGGAUUUCUCUCAAAAUUGUCAAAAAGAGUUUUCAAAUUUCCUUAAAUGAAAUGGUUAAUACUACUGUUGCUCUCAAUUUCGGUUCAAGGAGGUCCUCCGGAAAAUAAAAGUUGCAUAGCUUGUGUGAUGAUAAGAAAUAAUCAUGGACAGCACACAGGUCACCAGUGUCAUCGUGACGAUGAAAUAGCAGUAAGCGGAAAUUCCGAAACUUUUGAAAAUAAAUAUCCGCAAUGCGUGCCAGAUCAGUAUGAGAUAACACGGAAAAUCAACGAAUACUGCUGCUUUUGGUCACCGGAAUUGGGCUGCUCAAUACUUUUUGAUAGGGAAUCUUUUGACGGACCUUCUAAGGCCUGCAGUCGAUGUCGAGCAUAUUGCAUUGCUCCAGAUGACCACGAUGACGACAACGGAAGGUAUACGAAUUCCGGACACAUGAUAGCGAAAGACUGGUCGUUAUUUUUUCUAUUUUUUACUUUAACAAUUUUUGGCACAACUGCAAUGUUUAAUUGGAUUGUAAUGCAACAAGUAGUUAUACUUAUAUUGGGAUAAUAUUAUACAUAUACCAUAUUAAUUGUACUGUAAGACCAAUGUUUUAGUGAUACAGAUAGCAAGAAUUGAAAACGUUCAUUUAAAACAUUUACCUUUGGACUGUAAAAAUAAAAAUAUUUGUCAAUUAUAAGGUUA